AUGUUCUACGACCUCAACGUCCCGUAUGCGGCUGAGGAUCCAGAGAUAUUGCAUACUCUAGAGUUUCUGGCCGAAGUUGGAUAUACAACGGUGGCUCUUUCGCAGACAGUGCCUGGAAAACUACCAACCAAUCUAGCGCCUCCAAAGCCUCCUUCGAAUGCCCCGAAAUCGCUCACUCUGCUGACACGCCUCAACAUUGUUCUUUCCGACCCGGCGCAAAAUCCUCGCUUGACCACCAUCACUCCUCUCUAUUCCAUAGUGGCAGUGCGUCCAACAAACGAGAAGACCCUCUUAAGUGCCUGCAACAGUAUGGACUGUGACUUGAUAUCGCUAGACCUUUCCGUGCGGCUUCCUUUCCACUUCAAGCUGAAAACCGUUGCAUCUGCUGUCGCCCGUGGAGUCAGAUUUGAAAUAUGUUAUAGUCCGGGCAUUACCGGUAGCGGUCUAGAAGCCCGCAGGAAUCUCAUCGGGAAUGCCAUGGCACUUAUUAGAGCAACCCGGAGCCGAGGCAUCAUCAUCUCUAGCGAGGCAAAGAGAGCUCUAGCUAUACGUGCGCCCAUGGAUAUUGUCAACCUUGCCUGUGUCUGGGGCCUUUCUCAGGAGCGUGGUAAAGAGGCUAUUUGUGAAGAAGCCAGAAAGGUUGUUGCGCUGUCUAGCUUAAAGCGGACCAGCUGGCGAGGCAUUGUGGACGUUGUGGACGGCGGGGAGCAGAAACCGACAAAAUCUGAAAAACUUCAGAAAAUACCUGCCAAAGAAACAACGAAAAGUCUUCCGACAGUCGAGAGCACUGGAGACGGCCUUAAGAGAAAGGCUUCUUUAGAAUCAGCCCCCGAAGCUGAAAAGCCGCUGUCCAAACGAGAAAUGAAACGCAGGGCUAAAAAAGCACGUCUGGAGGCGAAUGCUCCACCGUGA